AUGGGGGACAUUUACUUUUCUGAAGAACUUAAAGUGUAUCGUUCUGCGCCUCGAUGCUAUUCCUCUCAUGUUCUCAAUUCGAGCUGUUUUGAUUACAACUUCAAUUUCAAUAUAAACCGUCCCGCAAUCGCUCACAAGUUGAGCAUAACAUUCAACUCAGACACCGCUUUACUGUUGAAAAUAAUCCCAAUCAUUGCGUACGAUGUUAGGCUAAGGGUGCCCGGAAUAGAGUAUCUUCUGUACUAUUACAAUCAAGAAGAACAUAAAGACGGCUACGGUAAAGUGAACAACGUGAACGAUACUGCAGUGAAAAUAAACCUGCAACUUGUUCCCCCAGUUGCUUUGAAAACUGGGUUCUUUAAUAUGAUCUUCGCAAUCAUGCCAAGCCAAGGCGUUGAGGAUUUGCUGCAACGGAUAUUGAUGACAGCAGAAGUCUCAGUGAUAGAGUGCGACCAAGGAGACGGCUGCGAAGGAUUCUUCAAAGAGUGGUCCAGACUUGAGACGGAGUUCAAGGAAUCGAAAUGCGGCAAUGGACUGCAGCAGGAAUAUCUGUCAUAUCAGCAGUGUCGGGAAACGGCAGAACCUGGACCAGCUCCCAUCGUUUCAUCGUCUGCCCAGUAUUUGAUCGAGGUUCCUAGUGACUUGCCAAGUGGGCAACCUUUCCCAGUUGAGUGCCACAUUGAGAAUGCCGCCACUUACGAGUGGUACCGAACCAACGCUGACGGCCAGCGUGAUUUCGUUACCAAUGGCUACGCUCUCAUCUUUCCAUCGUUUGAAGAACUCCGGGACCAAGGAGCUUAUGUUUGUGUUGGAAGGGGCAGAGGACUGCUCAUCAAUGUUACCGCGGAGUAUCAAGCAGUCGUGAUGAAAUCAGGUAUCACUACAUUGAUGGCCAACACGACAUUUGUUAAUGAGGUAUUUACCGACGAUCUUCGUGAUGCAUCUAGCGUCGCUUUCAAGAAUCUGACGGAUAAAGUACGCAGCAAGCUGCCGUUGAAUACGAUUUAUCCGUCUGUUGUGAGCUACGACAUCGUGCGCUUCUAUAACGGCAGUGUAAUCGUUGAUAUCAAAGUUGUCGUCCAUUCUCCUAGCAAUGUGUCUGACGCUGAUACUAUUUCAUCAUUACAAAGAGCGAUGUCUACAUAUGCCUCCGAGAAUUCAGACAUCGGUCUGGAUCCCGACACUGUUAAAGUGGUGUCACUCUCAUCCUGUGCUCGUGAAAUUCUUGAACUAGAAGGCCAGAACGUGACCUUCCCGCAAACAAGAAUUGGCCUGAACGUUGAAUUACUGGAGGAAUGUGCCAUUGACGGAAAACAGGGACGGGUUCUGAUUUCUCGAGCAUGCUCCGGGGAUUUUACCCAGGGUGCACAGUGGCUUGUACCCGUGGUGGGCAAUUGCAGCGUUGAUGUCAAUGGUCAGCUGGAUUUGUUGAAAAAGAUAACGGUAACAAGUGACAAUGUAAUGGAGGUGUCUGAGUCUCUGGAAUCCCUCACCAGCGAUGCCUCAUCAGUCAACGGUGAAUCUGUGGUAUUAGUGGCUGAUAUCCUGGAUAACAUCGUCAAAAUUCAGAAUCCUUCCCCAGAAGUAACAUCAAAUGUUGUGCAUGUUGCGAGCAACCUCCUUGAAGUCGAUGACGAGGCUUUCAGCAGCUUACCCAACGGAGAUUCUACAUCCCGCAUUGUACAAGCCCUCGAGACUCAAAUCUCGUACGUUCUCGAAGAUGGAGCGAACUUCACCGCCAUUUCCCGUAGUCUCGCUGUCCAGGCGCUAAAUAUCCCUCCUAGUUCAUUGGAUGAAGGCGUGGGAUUCGUUGUAAUCGAAGGAGAGACUACGGAUGGCGUCCUGACGAAUAAUAGUGUCAGUGUUUACUUUUCCGUCUCUGAAUUUCCUCCAGAGACAGUGGAAUCUUCCAUACAUCUCCCAGAUGAGAUUUUACUCAACCACCCAACAGCUUCUAGUCCGGUACCUAUUAGCUUCAUCGUGUAUCAAACGAGCACGUUAUUUCGUUCAAAACUGAUUGCUGAAGCUGAGUCAACUGGUUCCCGUCUGUAUGUGAAUAGUGCAGUCAUUUCUGCUACGGUGGCUGGUGUCCAUAUCGAGAACCUACCAGCAGAUGAUCCUGUGGUUGUUAUCUUCUAUCAGAAUCCAUUGAUUGAAGGUGAAGGGGCGGAAGUGCAGUGCGUUUUCUGGGAUAACCAACUUCAAGAUGGAAACGGAGAAUGGUCAACAGAGGGCUGUAGACAAUUCACCUCAGUCAGCGAGAGGACUGUGUGUCACUGUAAUCAUACUACCAGCUUUGCAGUACUCGUGGACAUUCACGGCCAAAAAUACUCGAGCUUAGCUCUCGAUAUCAUCAGUAAGAUUGGAUGUGCAGUGUCGAUUGCUUCCCUUGUUUUCACCAUCAUCAUAUACCUCGCCAUCAAGUCCCUGCGAGAGAAGACGCCAAGUCGCAUCUUAGUUUGCUUCUCUUUCUCACUGCUCUGUCUCUAUCUGGUCUUCCUGAUUGGUAUUGAGCAGACGUCUUCUCGCAUAGGUUGCAUCAUCGUUGCUGUAUUGAUGCACUAUUUCACUCUUAGCUCCAUGGCAUGGAUGGGAGUCGAGGCAACCAACCUCUAUCUGAAACUCGUUAGAGUCUUCAACUCUAACGUGGUACACUUCAUGGUCAAGGCUUCUAUCGCUGCAUGGGGAUUGCCGGUGGUUAUUAUUGGAGUUAUACUGGCGGUGGAUUACACGGCUUAUGAAAACAAAAACAGUUGUUUCUUGAAGCCUGGCGCAGCCUUCUACUACGGUCAGCUACUCAUGAUCGGUCUGGUCUUCCUCUAUAAUGCCUUCAUUUUCGUCCUGAUCGCCCGUCGUUUGACCUGCAAGGCUAAAGUGAUUCAAAGCUCCACUACGAAAGGCAAGCGAAGUCAAAUGGCCAGGCGGCUGCAGAACAUGGCAUCUAUCUCAGUGCUUCUCGGUCUUACCUGGGCCUUUGGUCUCCUCUCAGUCAUCGAGUCUUCCAACUUCGCAUUCCAAGUCCUUUUCUGCGUCUUCAACUCCCUGCAAGGCCUGUUCAUCUUCCUGUUGUUCGUCCUCCGACAGGAUAACAUACGAAGCAAGAUUCUUGGAUUCUUUCAGAAGACACCAGCGCCAAGUGGAACCCUCUCCUCAUCCGCACCCAAUACCAAGUCACAGCCGAGAUUCAAUUAUGUUGGUAAUAGUGAUAAUGAGAUACAGGAAAAUGUCUUCGAUAAUCGGGCAAUAAAGAUGGAUGAGAUAGUAGAUAAAGAAGAAAAUGUCUCUGAUAAGCAGGCUGGAGAUCAAUCGAAGAAUGGUGAGAAUGUAGAGAUAGAAGAUGAUGUGCAUGAUAACCAGGCUACAAAUCAACUUAAGGCGGAUGUGAUUGUAGAGAACGAAGAUAAUGUCUCUGAUUAACUGAAUAUGGAAGUGAAUGAAGUGGAUGAGUCUAAUGGGUAUGACAACUAAACUGUAUAAUCAACGUACAAUAAAUAAGAUUGUGCAAAAAGAAGAAAAUAAUGAACAGGUUAUAGAUCAGGUGAUGUGAGGUUUAUUUUUAAUAGAUCGUGUAUUUACUCUCAUUAUUGGCAGCAUUACAGGUACAAUCACAUUCUUAGCGGUCUUUAGCCUCUCGAGGGGGUGUAAAAAUGGUAUUAAACUUGGAGGAUUCAGGACUGUUAAGAUUUGUAGGUCAUGAUAAUAAAUUUGAUACUUCAACUUAUUUAGUUGUUUUGAAGAUAAAUGAAUUAAGCGAUUGCUGCGUAGGCCUGUUUCUGUCUUUCUUUCUUUAAUCUUUUCCUUUUUUUGUAAUCCCGAUAAAGCAACAUGUCCGGCUUUUUGUUCGGUUCACCGACAAGUCACAAGCGCUUCUAUGAUCCCAGCUUAUAAUUUGCAGUAAUGCAUUUGCUAAAGCUGAAGUGCAAGAUCUUAAA